GGAAUGAACAAUAUCUUUUAUGCUGUUUUCUCAUUGUUUAAGGAUUUUCCGGCGUAAUCUUUUGCUCAGAAAGGCGACAGAGAGGAAGGCAUCAGCGAGCACUCCUUGCGGCUCCAAUACUUCGGGUCUCUGCAGAAAUCGCGGAAUAUUUGGUCAAGCAUACCUUUUAAGAAGGAGCCAUGGCACUGGAAUUAAUGAAGAAAAUUCGCAGCAAAAAGAAUGCAAGCCUCCGGAUCUUUCUCAUUGUGCUGGGCUUCUUGGGAUUGUCAAAGACCUUCCCGUCCUCAUACGACCUGGAGAGAGUGCGCAAGAAUGUGGCCUGGUUGGUAGGCCUGGUGUUUAUGGGCACGUCAGAGUGCGUGGCCACCUUCCUGUAUACUUCUGAUAGCACUGGCGAGGAUUAUAAAUACACAGGAAAUACCAUUACAUUGUCCUGUGCCUUAAGCUUUAUUUGGGCCAUAUUCAUAGCGGCCACUGCGUGGGGUCUGCAUCAGACGUUCUACACCGUUAUGAUGCUCAAGAUGUCCAGGUCUGGAAUAAAUAAAUCCUUCCCCAAGCACGCAACGCCUUAUCCAGCGAAAGACAAUCGCUUCGCUGUGCAUGACUCUUCUCACAUCCAGAUCACCCCUCUGGUCCACGGCCCGCCUCCCAUCAUCAUCAGGUCCGAGGCCAGCGUUCUUCCUCAGACUCACUCCCCCUCAGACGCAUGCACUCCAGCUCGGAACCUUUUGCAAUCCCAGAUCCUUCCUUAUCCCCAGACUCCCCUCCACACUUCGCAGAUCCUCCAGUCGACCCCGAUGGGCCAUGGUUCCAGAAUGCCCUCUCCUGGCCACCUCUCCACUUCGCCUCAGAUUAUGAGCCAGGCUUUGUCGCCCAACAUGACUCUCACUACCAGUUCUCUACCGUACGGCAUACACUCCCCCCAUUAAGCCUGUUUCACUCCCCCUCCCAAUGGCCAGCUGAGUUCUGUUUUAAUUACGUGUUUUUAUCAAAGUUUUUGAAAGAUUA